GCGAAGGCGACCAACAUGGGCAGCCGUGGCCCUGAAUCGGCCUUCCGUUCUCGGAUAUCGCAUGAAUUUACCUGAGCCAGACACCCUAAGCAAUGCGGUUUCUUUGGCUGGUAGCCUGAUGGCGAUCAGCCCCAGUUUCGCACGAACCCUCGUAGGCGCUGGCAUAGUGGAGUACGUGAUGCCUAGCCGGCUGAUGUUUUGUUUCCGGACUACCAUUCUCGAAACUGCUGGUAAUUAGGGAUCGCCAUAGGACUCCGAUGAUGGGUAGGCUGUGUGGCGGACAACGAGGGAUGAAGUGGAUGGCAGAUGCAUAUAAAGGUCUGGCACAACCGACUCUACACGACUCAUCUCAUCACAGUCUUUCCAACGCUUCACAUUCCUUCAGCUUUGCAUCCUUUCUUCUUCACUAGCCGGGCUAGUUUUUCACUUCCAUUCCAACCACACUCCUUCAAUCAGACUUCAGUCGUUACACGAUUCCAACACCAUCAACAUGUCUUUCCGAUCUGCUCUUUUCGCGGCUUCUGCCUUCAUUGCGGCUACCAACGCCCAUAUCACCAUCUCCAACCCGGUCCCUUACUCUGCCGAUCAAGUCAAGAUCGACAAGGCCGCCAUCACGGCUGAUCAGUUCCCCUGCAAGAGCCAGUAUGGCUUCAAGGUCACUCAGAUGAACUCGAUGAAGGUCGGCGAGUCACAGAAGCUCGAAUUCGACGGCAGUGCUGUUCACGGAGGAGGUUCUUGCCAGCUCUCCUACACCACUGAUACCGAGCCUACCAAGGACUCCGUGUUCAAGGUCAUCAAGUCCAUCGAAGGCGGCUGCCCUGGAGUGGACGGUACUAAGAGCUUCGAAUACACCCUCCCCGAGUCGAUUCCGAACGGCAAGGGAACUUUCGCUUGGUCCUGGUUUGCCAAGAUGAGUGGGGCUCCUGAGUUCUACAUGAACUGCGCUCCGAUCGAUGUUACCGGUGGUGCCAGCGAUGCCUCCGGCCUCGAUGCUCUUCCUGAUAUGUUCAUCGCCAACAUCGCAUCCACCACUUGCACGAGCCCUCUGAACCACGCUGUCAAGUUCCCUAACCCUGGAGAAAACCUCGAGGAUGGCGGCACGAACGAUGUUGAGGACCCUACCGGCGACUGCGGCGCAAAGGGUACUACUCCUGUCACUCCCUCGUCUGGUGCCCCGGUCGAGAGCUCGCCGGCUGAAUCCGCUCCCGCGUCCGCUCCCGUCGAGUCUGCCCCCGCCGCCUCUGCCACUGGUGCUCCAAUUCAAUCCACUCUCGCCACCAUCGCUACUUCAGCCCCGGCUGCCUCUGCCCCUGUCGCUUCGUCUCCCGUCUCUGCCACCAUUCCAUCCAGCACCGCCCCGGCCAACCCUGGAAGCGGCAGCGAGACUGGCGGCUCGACUGGUUCAGGCUCAGCGGGCACCUGCUCAUCCGAGGGCGCCAUCGUCUGCAACGGCGCUAACCAGUUCGGCAUCUGCAACGGCGGCUCCGUCGUCUGGCAGGCCGUUGCCCCUGGCACCACCUGCUCCAACGGCAACAUCCAGAAACGCAGCAUGUACUACGGCCGCCCUGCUCUUCACGCUCGCCGCGUCUAAAAGCUAGACUCGCUUCCUGUUCACGACUACGAGCUACCGCGCUCUUUGACUUGAAGACAUUUUUAGGGGAUGGUUUUGAUGUAUCUACGUUCUGUUUUCACUUCACUUGUUCAAGAUUCAGUUUUGGGGGGGUCUGAGACCUGAGGCUUGGGGAUUGUUUGGUUUCUUUUCGCGUUGUUUCUUUUCGGCAUCGCACUGCAAAGCUAGCCAGCGUUUGGACUCUACUGUAGAGCCGAAGUGUUCGUUCUCAAAGGGCUUGAGAAAAAGUAUAGAGCAAAUCGAGAUAUCUCAU